GGCGGGUGGCGGGCGCUGAGACAAAGCGCUGCGUGGCUGAAGCAGCCAGUACCGACCCAGCGCGCCCCCGAGCCACGCGUCCCCUGUCGCCGGCCGCGCCGCCGCACUCGCGUACUACGAAUGACGCCAGUUCCAUUCACAACAACCCUAAUGAAUAUUUAAUCGGCCGCACUAGACACCCGCCAUGGCGGGCACCUGAAACAAAACUUUAGCCAAAAAAAAUACUGAAAAAUACAUUCAAAGACAAUGUCUUAGGUGUUGUUUUAUUUCGUAAACAUGUAUAAUAAAACAUUGGUAACGAGAUUGGCGCGAGCGUGUUUCGUCUUGCUGAUAAUUUUAUUUGAUACGACAAAAGCUGCCGACGAGUCGCUAUUUCCCCGGUUCGUGGAGCCUGUGACCAACGUCACAGUGACCGUCGGGCGGGAUGCCCUGCUGGCGUGCGUCGUGGAAGACCUUAGAGGAUAUAAGGUAGCGUGGGUCCGCGUAGACACGCAGACGAUCCUGUCGAUCCACCACAACAUAAUAACGCAGAACCCGCGCAUCAGCCUCUCGUACAACGACCACCGCUCCUGGUACCUGCACAUCAAGAACGUGCAGGAGGUGGACCGCGGCUGGUACAUGUGCCAGGUCAACACCGACCCCAUGCGCUCCAGGAAGGGGUACCUGCAGGUCGUCGUGCCCCCGUUAAUAAUCGACAAUAUGACUUCAACGGACAUGGUGGUCCGCGAAGGUACCAACGUGACGAUGACGUGUCGUGCCACGGGCUACCCCGAGCCCUACGUCAUGUGGCGGCGCGAGGACGGGCAGGAGUUCAACUGCAACGGAGAAGCUGUGAACGUAGUGGAUGGGGAAAACCUGACCAUUCCCAAGGUGUCUCGCCUACACAUGGGCGCGUAUUUGUGUAUCGCGUCGAAUGGCGUCCCCCCGUCGAUCAGCAAGCGAGUCAUGCUGAUGGUGCAAUUUCCCCCGAUGCUGUCGAUCCCCAACCAGUUGGAGGGCGCGUACCUCGGCCAGGACGUGACGCUGGAGUGCCACACGGAGGCCUACCCCUCCUCCAUCAACUACUGGACCACGGACCGCGGAGACAUGAUCAUUUCCGGUAUUAAAUACAUAACGUCUCUGAGCGACGAGGGGUAUAGUAGGAAGAUGCGACUGACGGUGCGAAAGGUGGCGCCUCGCGACUUUUCAUCGUACCGGUGUGUCGCGAAGAAUUCUCUGGGAGAGACCGACGGGCUCAUACGCCUUGACGAAAUUCCGGCGCCGUCGACCUUGGGGACCACCACGAACUACGUGCCCAAUUCGCUGCCGGAACGGAAGAAAGGGAAACAUAAAAAUCGGUGGAGAGACAGCUCGGCGGAGAACAGAGUCAUCGGAGAUUACGAAGUGGAGGAGUGGAAGGACAUCGAUUACGAGUCUACACAGUCGUCGAGUGCCGCCAUGCUGCAGCCACUGUUUCUACUCACACCUCUACUGAUGCUCAGCUGACCACCACACGUCAUUAUAUGUAAUAUAAUUAUCUAGAUUAUCUAGUGCAUGCAGUGCCAACUAAACAGCUAAACGUUAGAGUAAGACGAAGCUAGCGGCGCAUAGCUGUGUCCUCUUCUGUCUAUUACAUAAACCUACUUCUUGUGUUGAAAAGAAAAUUAUUGUAUAAAAAUUAUUGUAUAAAUUACUUAGGUUACAUUGAAUUUAUCGUUGAUAGUGAACCAUUGCUAGGCUUUUUUUCAUUUUUAUUUACCAUACAUACAUUGGCGUGUAUAUUGAGAUCGUUAAUAAUUUAUUAAAUUACUCUUAACAAAUCAUCCUUACGUAAAAUUAACUGUAAUUAAUAAAAGUAGCCUUUCAUUUUAGUAGGUGAAAAACAUACAUUAAUUAUACAUAUAUUUUGAUAAAAGACUGAUAGUUUUUUAUGAGACAUGUGCCAUAUUUGUUAAAAAAACAUACCGUUACAUUUGUAGAUUAGAAAAUGUAAAUUUCUGUACAUAAUGAUUCUGAGAUGGUACCUUAAAAAGUGUAGAUAAAGAUAUAUCUUCAUUAUAUUUUACAUUAUAGUUGAUCGAUCAUGAGUCGUAAUGAUUGGCACAUUAAGUUCAUAAUAAAUAGUUGUUGCCUAGAUUGAAGUAGUUAAAAUAACUUGUAAUUAAUGAAAGUUACAGUACUGUUUCCCGACAAUGUUUUCCGUUGGUAGGCUAUUAACAGCUGAAAGAUUUUUAUCGUGGACUUCUUUAAGUGAUUAACCUCCGCAAAGGUUGGUUACGUGAACCAUUUAGUGCCAAUUUCUCCAUAGUCGGUUAUAGCAUAACCAGGUAUUAGUGGUUGACUUUUGACACAUCUGUCAAGAAUUUUAUAUGGAGAUGACGUAUAAUUGAUUAACCAUUCCUGGUCGGUCGGUAACCGACUAUGGAGAAAUUGGCACUGAGUAUACUUACCUCAUUGAGUUUUCAUUCUAUUGAUUUGAUAAAUAUACCUAUGUUCUUUGUAACUUGUUUGUAACGUAAUGUUAUUGGUAUGAAGGCAAAAUAUUUUAAAAAGCAAAUCGUACAAUAUUAAAGCUCAAAUUUUUCGUCAAUCAUCAUCUGAAUAUUAUUCUGUAGGCAUAUACGAUAGAACCUACGCAUGUAGGUAUUUGCUUACAUUCAAUAUUCAUACAGAUACGAUAUAUUGAUCAUUAAUAGCAUAAUAAAAUAUUUGAUAUUGUUUCGUAUUGUAUUAGGUUAUGUAAAUAGAUAUCUCUUCACAUAUCUGCAAUAAAGACAAUAUGCCGUGCUUUUGUAAUAUAAUAAUAGCAAAUACGAUAGAUGAAUCUGCUACAAAUAAUGUUAUGUAACAAACCAAUAACAAUAUAUUAUAUAUAAGAAUGAUUAUGUAGUUAUAGUGUAAAUAUGUACCUAUAAAUGUAGAUAAUGUAUGAUUUGAUAAGUUAAAGUCAUCUACAGAAAAUUAUAAAAGUUAUAAAAUAUUUAAAUGGGUUCGUUGGCUAUUACAGUAUAUUUAUUUCGCAUAUAUAGAUUUAUAACAUACAGUCCAUAAAAAAUUUCAUCAAAACGAAGUAAGAAUUAAUAACCUGUAAAGUAUACCUACCUUUUUUAUAACUUUUUAUGAUUUUUUCUAAAUAUAAAUACCUAUGUUUAAAGAAACCAAUGUUUUAAUUUUUUUUCAUGAA